AUGCGUCGCAUUCCAUCGCCACAGCAGGAAACAGAGGCCAACAUUUGGCCGGAACCUGCCAACACCGUCGAGGCAGAUCUCGAGAAGAGCGACAUGGCAGCAGCAGUUGGAAAGCCUGCCGGCGCACCACCGGCCGGAAUGCCCCCGGGAUUUGCGCCCGCUGAUUUCCCGGAUGGAGGAUUAGAUGCUUGGCUAACGGUUCUUGGCGGCUUUUGCGCCCUAUUCUGCACAUUUGGCCUGGUUAAUUGUGUCGGAGUCUUUCUGAGCUACUAUGUCCAGGGUCCUUUGAGCCACUACGGAGAAAGUUCAGUCAGUUGGAUUACCAGUAUGCAAAUCUUUAUUCAAACUGGCACGACAGCAAUUUGGGGGCGCGUAUUCGACAACUACGGCCCACGAUACCUGCUGCUUGGCGGAACAAUUGUCUAUGUUUUCGGUUUGAUGAUGACUUCACUUUCGUCCGAGUAUUAUCAGUUUUUCCUGUCCCAGGGUAUCGUUGCUGCUGCUGGCUCUGGAGCUAUUUUCAACGCAGCACUGUCCUCGGUUACCACCUGGUUUUUCAAGAAGCGCGGUAUGGCGCUGGGUGUAGUCGCUUCUGGCUCCUCUCUUGGCGGCGUUUGUCUCCCUAUCAUGAUGAAUCACCUUAUCCCCAAGCUUGGCUUCCCUUGGACUAUGCGUAUCAUUGCGUUCAUGUUCCUCGGUAUGUGUGGCAUCGCGUCGGCCACUAUCAAAUCUCGCCUGCCACCUAGGCCCAGGCCUUUCGUAUUCAGCGCUUAUCUCGCGCCUUUCAAGCAGCCAUCAAUGGCGCUCACCAUGGCUGCUUGUUUCCUUUUCUUCUGGGGCAUGUUUCUGCCUUUUAGUUACAUCACGCUACAAGCCGAGUCUGCUGGCAUGGACCCCUCGCUUGCGCAAUACCUUUUGCCCAUUCUCAAUGCUGUCAGCAUUUUCGGACGUAUUGGGCCCGGUAUCGUGGCUGAUAAAGUUGGGCGCUUCAAUUCCAUGAUUUUCAUCACUGCUCUCUCUGGCGUCAUCACCCUGGCACUUUGGAUUCCGGGUACAAGCACUGGGGCUUUAAUUGCAUAUGGCAUUAUCUUUGGAUUCUCAUCAGGCGGUUUCAUCUCCUUGGCACCCGCCUGUGUCGCCCAGAUCUCUGAUAUUCGUGAGAUUGGUAUUCGCACUGGCACAGCUUUUGCUGUGCAGUCACUGGGUGCACUCACGGGCUCCCCAAUUGGAGGUGCCAUAGUCAAAUCUAUGGGAGGCAAAUAUCUAGGGCUUCAACUCUUCUGUGGUUGUGUUAUGACUGCCAGUGUUUUCGUCUUCAUAGCCGCAAGAUACGUGCAGCAUGGAUUCAAGCUGGUCAAGGUGUAG